CCCCCUCCACCAGCCACACCUGAGAGAGCUUAAAGCUUGGCUGGCAACAGCCAGAGACCACAACAUCUUCUCUGCAAGCAGCAUCACCAUGAAGACCAGGAAUAGCAGCUGCUUCCACCACCUCCUCCUCGUCUCCCUGGUGGGGCUUCUCACAGCCUCAGCUCACCUGACAGACACACCUGGGCAGAACGUUACAGUUGCUGCAGAGAAAGCUGGCACGUGCCCCAAUGCAACGCUGAUGACGGCCCGUGGAAACUGCACAGAAGAGUGCCAGUCCGAUGCCAGCUGUGCGGGGACAGAGAAAUGCUGCUGGACGGGCUGCGGGGCCUCUUGCCGUCUCCCAAAUGAUAAACCAGGGUUCUGCCCUCCAGAUCCCCCUAUCAUAUCACUGCUGGGCAUCUGCAGGGAUCAGUGCAGAGAGGACUCCGAUUGUCCCAGCAACAGGAAGUGCUGCAUGAGCGGCUGCAAUAAAUGGAACUGCGUCCCUCCCAGGGAGCAAGAUCCAGAAGCCGAGUCCCCAUGGAACACCUGAGGCAGGGGACCCUCCACAGACCCCAACC